GGGGGAAGGCAUCAAACCCUCCCCCCAAGAUGGCGGCGGUGACGGAGGAGUGGAUGGCGGAGGAAGGAGGCGGUGGCAGCUGCGGCGGCGGCUCUUCCCUGGCCGCGGGGGCGUCCCAGCGGCUGUCGCCGCUGCCCCCGCCGCAGCCCGCGCUGCUGGGACCCCAGUCGCCGGCCUCGCCGUCCCUGGCCUUGGACCAGCUGCCGCACAACAACACGCUGGUGGCGCUGCCCAUCGUGGCCAUCGAGAACAUCCUCAGCUUCAUGUCCUACGACGAGAUCAGCCAGCUCCGCUUGGUUUGUAAGCGAAUGGACUUAGUCUGCCAGAGAAUGCUGAAUCAGGGAUUUCUGAAAGUGGAAAGAUAUCACAACUUGUGUCAAAAACAAGUUAAAGCACAACUUCCAAGGAGAGAGUCAGAAAGGAGAAAUCAUUCAUUAGCUCGUCAUGCGGACAUCCUUGCUGCUGUAGAAACAAGGCUCUCACUGUUGAAUAUGACUUUCAUGAAGUAUGUGGAUUCCAAUCUCUGUUGCUUCAUUCCAGGAAAGGUAAUUGAUGAAAUUUAUCGUGUGCUGAGAUAUGUAAAUUCUACCAGAGCCCCACAACGGGCUCAUGAAGUCCUCCAAGAGUUAAGGGAUAUUUCCUCCAUGGCAAUGGAAUACUUUGAUGAGAAGAUUGUCCCUAUUCUAAAGAAGAAGUUACCAGGAUCAGAUGUGUCUGGGCGACUCAUAGGCUCUCCUCCAGUUCCAGGACCUUCUGCAGCCCUAACAACAAUGCAGCUCUUCUCCAAACAAAAUCCUUCAAGACAGGAGGUCACUAAACUUCAGCAGCAAGUGAAAACAAAUGGUGCUGGUGUAACUGUACUCAGGCGUGAAAUUUCUGAGCUUCGCACUAAAGUGCAAGAACAACAGAAACAGCUUCAAGAUCAGGACCAGAAACUGCUAGAGCAAACCCAAAUCAUAGGAGAACAGAAUGCUCGUUUGGCAGAGCUGGAACGAAAGCUUCGAGAAGUCAUGGAAAGCGCAGUAGGAAAUUCCUCAGGGUCUGGGCCAAAUGAGGAGUCUCCUCGGAAACGGAGAAAGGCAGUGGAAGCCAUAGACUCUCUUAGGAAAUCUAAACGCCUUCGAAAUAGAAAAUAACUUGGAAUUCAGUUAUAGCUCCAAAAAGGCAUGGCUUAGCAGCCCAUGCAGUCAUGCUCACAUGGAUACUUGGGUUUAGCAGCAUGGUGUCCUUUAGGCUGCUCGGUCUUCAGAACACAACUUAGACUUUGACAUUUAUUCAUUGUUGGGACAUUUUCCUGCUUUCUGUCUGGGUGGACUGAUGCACAGGAUGUUUUUAAUUUGCAAUAGAUUUGUAAUAACUAGACCCACACUCUAUCAUGUUUUGAGGAGUUAACCUUUUUUUUCUGUGCAGAUGAUGUGUUAAAGUAAAUUUAUUUGUGUUUCUGCAUAUAUGCACAUUAAAUAAGGAUCUUAAAUAAACCCUAUCUUGACAGACUAGAAAUUAAGUUUAAGUACAGAAAAUGUCCUGUUCACUUGAAAGGAAAGACCUACUUUUUAAAUGGACACUAUCUUGUAUAAAAAACAAGUCGACUUUUUGUUACAAGUGACCUUUGUCUGGAAUGUCUGAAAAGUAGUUAAUGCUUUUUGGUAUUGAAGUAAUGGGUGAUUGAAAAGGACUUCUACAGUAUUGACUGCAGAAGAGACCUCUACAGUAUUGACUAUAUAUUUUUGUAGACUACUGGCAAGGGACUCAUCCAGCUAUUAUAUACACAAUUUCAAUUCUCUGUUGGAACCAGGUCCUACAUUUGCAUGGAUAGAUGCAUGCACGGCCUUUUUAGCUCACUCAAGAGCACUUGCACUGGCAUUGACCUUGAACCUCUAGAUUUCCCAUUGAUAAAGAAAGAAGCUUCUUAGUUCUUAGUACCCUAGUUAACAUCUGCUCUCAUUACAUCAGGCAGAGGUGAGCUUUAGCCUUUAAUGGGGAAAUAUACUAGUUCAUUUGAUCUCUGUUUCUAUGGGGGUUGUACAGUACUGGUGCCUGUUGCAUUAUCCAUUCCCUGGCAAAUUCAGGUACUCUGGCUAAGGCAGAAAUCCAACUUUCAAGGCUCUUUCUGUAUAUGUAGGAUCCCUGGUUACUAGUACUGUCUUAUCACACUACUGUGUCAGCCCAUAGGUCAAAAUGUGAUGACUGAGUAGUGGACACUGCUUAUCUGUAUAACUCUUUCAUCAGUGAAGCAAAGUCCAUUCAAGAAAAUGGUUGUACGAUGAAAAGACAUUUAUAUCAUUUCAUUGGGGGAGGGGAGGAUAGUCAGGGGAAGCUUUUUAAUACUAAUAACUAUAUUCAAGCUUUCCUUAUCCUAAUACUUAAACAAAAGCUUUAAUUUCUUUUGCACUCCUGUUUUAAACUUGUAACUGGAAAAGCAUGUCUUGCACUGUUCAAUCUUCUGAUUGGUCACUUUAACAACCUCUAAGUUGUUGUGUACAGUGAUUAUUUUUCCCAGUUGUAUAUUUUUGAAACAUUAUACAGAUAUCACUGUCCUUGUUUUAUUUUUUAAUGUACUAUACAGCUAUCAUUUGACUGUUAAACGUUCUUUUAAGCAACUGUUGCCUUGGGCUUCAGUGAAAUUGAAAUACAUGUAGGUGUAGCAUGGAAAAGUAUCUAUUUCCUUGUGGGAGUUUGACAUCUAAAUUAAGUCUAAGGUAUGAGUAAGAAUCUUAGCUUAAUAAAGCACAAGGUUUACCACCUUUUUGCAUCCGUCCAAUAUGGUGAGGUUAUACUUUUUAGUAAUUAACCCAACAAAAGUAAAAUUUUUCUUAUCCAUUCAUAAUUGUCCUUAAAUUUGUAUCAGUAGUACCUAACUUGGAAAUCCCAUUUACAAUGUAUGUUUUAAGUAAGGAUCUUUAAUAGCUAUCCUUAUAAUUUGUUUUGGGGAGAGAUAAACUAACAAUUUCCAUAAAACAUAUUUAUCAACACAGGUAAAAGUCCCAGGUUGGAAUUCAUCUCAGCUAGUUUUCUUUUUUGUUAUUAAAUUAUCUAUGAUGUCAUAGCUGGGGUGGAGGCCUGUUGGAAUACUUUAUGGCCUUUGCUAAAGACUGCUUUUCUAGAAUUCAGGAGAUAGAAUACAUAUUUAUCAAUUAUAAUGAUUAUGCAUUUAACAGUCUUAGUUUAUUAUUAAGAUGACUACUUUAACAGGUCUUAAUGAAUUACACAAAGUCUGUACUCCUGGGAAAGGUUUGUUUGGUACACUAUCCACUUAAGGCUUCACUAUGAUUUCACUUUUAUUUCUUAAAUCACCUCCAUUCUGACCUUCCUUUCUUAUUUUUCUCUCUAAUGUUCCGAAUAUCUAGGUAUUUGACCAUUAGUCUCCCCUUAGUGGAUAUGAACAGGUGGUUUUUGUAAUAAGCAAUCAGGAUAUUAGAAAAUAAUUGAUCACCAACAAAUCAGUUUCUAACAUUAAGCACAUUAAAACCAGACCAAACCAGUUUACCAUUUACAAAUUACCCUUCCCUGGUGUUUCCAUCAUAUUACAGAAGUGUUCUUUAACUACAAGAACAAAUGGGACAUACUUAAUAAUUCUAAGGAAACCAGUUCUUGUAUGCUAUUUAUAAUUUUUUGUUGGAUGCUACUUGUUUUGAGCAAAAAAAGUCCUUUCCUUAAAGGGAAUUUAAUUUUUUUUUCUCAUAUGUUGGGAUUUUGGACAUCUAAAUUUAGCACUUUCUGAAUUGCAUUUGUUAACAGACUUUCACUUAAGGAAGGAGGGGUAGGCACUGCAGACACCAUUGCUCAUUUUUUAAUUGCAAAAAUUCUAAGAAACUGAAAAAAUAAGAUAGGAGAUUUUCAUUUAAGUUUCUGGUAGACACUAAUUACUUUGAUCCACUAAAGUUUUUCAUACAUCAAGAAAGCUAUCAUAUUGCCCUGAAUUGUCAUUAACUAGAAUGGUAAACAGUAUGAUGUAAGUAUGUUGUACUAGGAAAUCACUUGACAGAAUAAAUAAGUUUGUACUGCAGUAUCCCAGCUGUUUUCCAGAGCCUUUUCCAGGAGAGCUUGCUUCUCAUUGAAGUUGCUUUGUUUUUAUGGACCAUACUCGUUAGUAAGUUCAUUAUGCUAAAAUGGAUUUUGAGCUAUAAUAUGGAAAAGACACUCACAAGGAAUUUAGGAUUUUCAACCUUAGGAUCCUUUCUUUGUGUUUUUGUAUGUGAACAUUAUUUAAUCCCUUAUACGGUAGUUUAAAAAUUUCAUGUUAUGAAAUCUACCUAUCUGCAUUAUUUUUUCAAGCUCCUGAUUGGGAGAGGCAGUGUGGUUUAGUGGAAAGGGUACUGGAUUUAUAGUCAGAGCACCUGGUUUCAAAUCCUAACUGCUACCUAUGUUACUUUGGGCAAGUCAUGUCACCUGUUAGCCUCAGUUUCCUCAUCUGUAAAGUGAACGAUUUUGACUAGAUGGUCUUUAAAAUCCUUUCCUGCUCCGAAGCCUGAGUUCUCUGUUGUGUUUGGGCUCCAUAGAUGACAGAACAGACAUCUGAACAUGUUAUUAAUCAUAUUUUUUAAAGAAACCUUGUAGGAUUCCCUGAAACUCAACUUGAUAGCCACUGUUGGAAGCCACUUUUUCUACAAUUUUUUUUUAAUAGUAUUGAACUUUUACAGAAGCUGGCCUUAAACAACUUAGUAGCUCCAAAACAGAUACACCUUUGACCUGUUAAAAUGCUAAAGGAAAUACUCCAUUUGGCUCUCAACAUGGGUAAGGCAAGGAAGGAAAGUCAUGCUUAAAACCAGUGAGCUAAAAGAAAUGUUACAACUUAUUAAGUGAAAAUAGCACAUGAAAAGACUUUAUAAUGUGCAUUACGUCUGGUUAUGGAUCAUUAAGUCAGUGAUACUGUUUGACUGCGUUAUUUAUGCCACUUCACAACCUGCACUUUAAUCUCCAAAGAAACUAAAUGCACAACAUGUUGGCCAAUUAAAUUAGUUUUUUGGAGGUGACUUCCUUUUUUAAGUUUUUAUUCAAUAGCUAUAGUAAUUUCUGAGAAUACUUGUAUAUUGCCCUGUUUCAAACAGCAUGUAAGUUUGUGGUGUUAGGAAAGUGAAAACAACAUAAAUCUUAAAACUUAGUGCACAACAUAGUAUCUUUAUAUCCAGUUCUGUCUAUUCUUGAGUACCCUAUUAUCAGGCACCUUUAAAAAUCAAUGCUAUAAAUAAUAGUUGAGGUUAGAAAUAAAAAGUUCCCUGAAAAGCAACUUUUGUACAGGGAGGAAGCACAGAAGUCUGGUCAUGCUAUGAAGCUCCUUGGAUUUGGAAACCAUCCGAGUUACCUUCUAAUGAUAAAAGUGUAGCUUUUUCAAUCCUGCCAAUUGUCUUUAUCAUUUUGGUCCAAUUUCCUCAAACAAGAAAUCAUUGUUUUCUUUGAAAUCAAAAGGGUAAUGAUGAAAAUUACCCAAUAAAAGCUGUGCAGCAACUGAUUGACUAUUCUUGACUUUGAUUAAUAAAGGCUUUUUAUAAUAAUAGUGUUGUUAAAAUGAGUACAUUGGUGAUAAAAUUGCAGGCUGGAGCCAGGUUAUUUUGAUUGAUCAAUGAUAAUUGCCUCCACCUAUGCAGAAAGCGACCCCUCCAUGCCUUCUCAACCUGUGCAAUUCUUGUCAAUGUCUUUCUAGGGGUCCUCCGUAGAAGAUCCAUCCAUACAGUGCACUGGAGGCCUUCUUCUAGCUUUUGGGUUUUUUAUAAAUGUAAUUAAUGUAGCACUCAGGCUAUCCAUUUCUUGUCUUUCCAUCUUGCUACAUGACUAGCCCACUCUGUUCAUGUCGUCAGUGAUGUUUUUUAUCCUAUUUCUCAUGGGCAAGUCAGUGUUGACAAUAUGCUGCAACCUACUUAUACUUAUUCUGUAUCUUUCCAGUGCCCUUUUGGUUUUCUUAUAAUUUUGAUUCUUCCAAGUCUGUUUCAUGAUCUACAGCCAUACAACAUCAAUAAAAAAAUGUUGAUGUUAAAAAUGUGGAUUUUGGCAGCACUAAACACUUUGGGAUCAUUGAAAGCACUGCAAAUGUGAUCCAACCGAGUUUCUUCUUCCCACUCAAUUCUGGACUGAGCUCAUUGUCCACACUAGCCUUUUGAAAAUUGGCCUUUUACGUAAACCCCGUAAAAUAUUUAAAAGUUUGUAUGUCCCAAAAGUUUGUAUUGAGUUCCUAAUGUAUGGUGAAUAUUAAAUCUAAACUUACCAGUCUUCAUCAGAAAGGACGCGUGGGAUAUUACAAAUAUUGGUGUGUUCUUUAGGUUCUUUGACCUUACAGAAUAUGUGGUCCUUUUUCAAAGUCAUACCAAAGGACAUUACUGGUCAUAAGAGUAUAAUAUUUUUUAUGUGGUACCAUUUCUGUUUACCUAUGUCACAAUGAACUAGAGGUUUAGUUCUGGCAUUUUAAAUGUUUAUGACCUAAUGCAAUCAUUGGAAAAGUGAAAAACAUCUCCCAGUCAUACAUCAGGGUACUUCAAUAAAUGUGUUAUUACCAGUUA